AUGUUCACCGGGGAGCCGUCGCGUCCACUGCCGUCCAUCAGCACUAUGGGUGCGCAACGCUCCGGCAGACUAUCGUCGGAAGCGACUUAUACCAGCACGGAGGACGAAGAGGAGGAGGAGACGUCCUCGGAAGCCACAACUAUCCGGCAGCUGCCGCAGCCACGGGCAAGCGGGAGCGGAGAGAUCGCAGGGGGUUCAUAUUUUUAUGCAGCCCCCGCGGAUUAUACCCCCCGCCACGCCAUCCAAAGGCGCAGCGGCGACACACCCCUCCCGAAACGGAGGCUUCAU